CACGUAUAUUUUUGGUUGGUGAGAAGUGAUAGUGUAGAGGACGUGGGAAGGGGUUGGUUGUCCAGUGACAACAUGGGCAAACAACCUGGAACCACCAUGAGGAAGGCACAGACGACCCCUAGCAUUAGUCGCAAGAAGCAUUUGUGGUGA